AUGCGAAGUUCCAUUUUGAUUUGUGUUAUUUUUGUGGUUUUCGCCUCUGUUGCUUUGGCAGCCAAAAGGCCAGAACAAAAACAACCAUCAUCUGCUUCUGAAAAUAUACAUGAAACAAACUUUAAAAAGCAAUCGUCAUUAGAAAAAGACCCCUCGAGGAAACCACUGAAAAAGGAACCCAAUGCAAAGAAACCGAACCAAAAUAAGAAACCAACAACUCCACAACCAAUUGAAGAAGAGGAACAAUUUGAGGAAGAAGCUAUCGUAGAGAAAAAACCACAGCCCGCGAAGAAAAAUCCAGCUAAUACAGCAAGUAAGAAGAAUAAGAAGCCUAUUGCCGAUUCCAGUAUUCCACAACCUCCCAGAAGAGGUGAAAAGCCACCAACACCUACCAAGCUGAAGCCCGAUACUGUUGACUUUGAUCCUGCAUUUGAGCUUCCAAGACCGCAAAGUCCUCCCAAUGCAUAA